AUGGAAUGCAAUUAUUCAGGAAAUUAUAAAAUUUCACAUUCAAAGAAACGUAAAUUAUUUGGAAGUGAAAAAAUUCGAGCAUUAACUACGAUGCUAAAUGAAAACGUUAAUCCUUCAGUGUUUAACCGUAUUGAAGCAAGUCGUUUAAUGUCUGAAGGUGAUAAAGCCCCUGCACAAAUUCCAAGCUUGAUAAGUCUUAGAACAGCAAAAAGCAGAGCAAUUUCCUUAACAAGGCUUCAUCAAGACCCAGUAAUUGCAAUAAAUAUUAUGAAAUACAAUUCAUCAUUUUGUUCUACUAUUCGUGAUAUUGGUUACGAUGGUUUUUUUGUUCAUUUUUGGAGCAACUUACAACUUCGAAUUUACAAAGAUUGUUACUCAAAAUGUAAAAUUCCUUCAAUAUCAUUUGACGCUACAGGAGGAUGUUGUAGAAAAAUAAAAAGACCGGACAACACUAUGAGUAGUAACCUAUUUCUGUAUGAAGGUGUUAUGGAAGUAGAUGGAAAAACAUUCACAGUUUGUUCAAUGAUUUCCGAAAAACAUGAUACAUUAAGUAUAUGUACUUGGUUAAAACGAUGGUUGAAGUGUGGUGUCAAAUCUCCUAAAAUGGCUAUAUCUGACCAAUCUUUGGCCCUUAUGUCUGCAAUUGUACAAUCCUUUACGCAGUACAAUUCCCUUGAAGAGUACUUAAGAAUAUGUUUCAAAUUAAUCAUGAAUACUCAAGUUAACGAAAAAGAUAUACCUUUAUGUUUUGUAAGAAAUGAUAUCAACCAUUUUGUAAAAUUAAUAUCACAAUGGACUCCACUUAAAAAAUCUAAGUUCCCUAGAACUAGACAAUUGUUUAUUCGUUCUAUGACACUAUUAAUAUAUUGUUCUUCAAUGGAAGAAGCAAAACAAAUUUUAGAAGCUAUUUUCAAAGUAGCACUAAGUAAAUAUGAUGGUCUUUGUUUAGGAGCAACAAAUAAUAAUAUUACAGAAGAAACUCCUUGCGCUAAAAGUAAAAAGUAUUUACAAUCACUUAUUUCAAACAAAUCAUCGUAUUUUCAAACUUUUGAUAAUUAUAUAGAAAAUACAAUAUCUAAUGAAGAAUCAAAUUCUGUAAAUGAAAGUAUAUGUGCAGAUAUCGAUAGCUCUUUUAUGAAUUGGGCUUCUAUAAUUGCAAAUCGUUCUAAAAUAGAUGUUGAACAACUGGAAGGAGAAUAUGACAACGCCCAGUAUGUACCAGAAAUUGUUCCGUUGGUACUUAAUGCGAUGAAAUUAUAUCCAUGUUGGUCGGGAAUUAUGACGAAGACUUUCAAAUAUGGAGAUGCCUCAGUUUCAAGUUGUCGGGUGGAAAGUAAUUUCAAUAAUAUUAAGAAUAGAGUUUUCAACGGAGACAACUUACCAAUGAGAGUUGACAAUUUUUUAGAAAAGUUAGUCUCUUAUUACAAUGGGGAUCAUUUGUUACUUCAAAGUUCAGAUUCAAUUGUUACAACAAACUCUAAUAUUGAUGAAAAUUUAGGAUCAAACCUUGAUACAAAUAACUAUAAUUCACAAACGGUUUCUUCAAAUAAAAGUAUAAUCAAUGAACACCAUUUGAAUGACCAAGAACUUGAAACAGAUUGUACAGAUGAAGGAUUUUAUAUUGGCGGCACUAUUAACAAUUCAAAUCAAAAGUUGUAUAACAAAAAUGUUGUACAAAUUGAAGAAGAUCAAGAUAUGGAAUGUACUGAAAAAAGAAAAACCUCAACUGGGACUAUAUUAAAUAAUGAAUUUAAUACCAACAUAUGUCUGCCAUGUAAAAAUAUUGAUGAAAAUUUAGGAUCAAACCUUGAUACAAAUAACUAUAAUUCACAAACGGUUUCUUCAAAUAAAAGUAUAAUCAAUGAACACCAUUUGAAUGACCAAGAACUUGAACCAGAUUGUACAGAUGAAGGAUUUUAUAUUGGCGGCACUAUUAACAAUUCAAAUCAAAAGUUGUAUAACAAAAAUGUUGUACAAAUUGAAGAAGAUCAAGAUAUGGAAUGUACUGAAAAAAGAAAAACCUCAACUGGGACUAUAUUAAAUAAUGAAUUUAAAACCAACAUAUGUCUGCCAUGUAAAAAUGGAGAUUUCCCAACAGGUAUACAUCGGUGUGCUUUUUGUAAUAGAUCUGUACACUUAUUUGGUUGUUCAGUUAAUCUUGUAGAUAGCGAAGAAGGCUACGGAGAAUCACGAAUAUGUUUGUUAUGUUUUAACCAGUCAGAAGAAAAUAACGCUGAAGAACAAUGGCAAAAAAAAAAUAUAUCUAAUCGGCCCCCCAUUAGAUCAGCUAACUCAUAUCUUACUUCCCAACCAGGAUUCGAUCAUUUAGAUUUAAGCCAAAAUGGCUCCAUAAAGGCAAUAAUAUUUUUGAAAAAUGGUAAUACUUUUCAAAAUAAACCUUGCACCUUACCAGGAAUUGGUAAAGUAAUUCUCAAUAAUAGUUGUUCACCAGAUUCGUUGAUGUCUAUUUUAGCCUGUGCUGCAGCAGACAGUAAGGUUUAUUAUGAUUAUUUAUCAAGCAUAUCAAAAAAAGAUAAAACUGCCAAAUUUAUUAUUAGCAUGCUAAAUACAAAAACAAGGAAAGUUAUGCACAAAGAACGAAUAAUAUUAUUAGCUCCUUAUUUUUUAUCUAAGGACAAACAUCUUAUUGGUGGUAUCAGUACAAUUGAUGCAAUGGAUACAUUAUCUUCUACAGCACAUAAAAUGUUAAAAAAUAUGCCAUCUUACAAGAAAAUAAAUCAAUGUACAAAUUUCACGUGUGAAGAUUUUUCCAGUGAACAGAGUUAUGAAGUCGUAAAAUUAACAGCGAUUGAUGGAAAAAUAAAUAUACAAAAAGAAGUAGAUAUUUUUUUUAAAAAUGAAACCACCAUAUGUUCCUACUGUGACUCUAAAAGAAACAUUACAGUAAAUGUUAAAAAAAAUGUUUUGAUUGAGCUGGUUUCUAUUCCUAAAGAACUUGAAGCAUCAACAAGUGCUCUUGAUAUUGAUAUUAUAAAUGACAUACAACAAAAUUAUGCUGGAGAAACAUUGUUGACAUUGGAUGAGAUACCAAAAACAUUAAAUGUGAAUGGCCAUACUUAUUAUAUCCGAGGAACGAUUGUCUUUAAUAGUGGCUUACGUACAGGACUCAGAGUUACAAGUGGUCACUAUAAGGCAUUUGCAUAUAGGAAAAAUAACUAUUGGGAAGUUUAUGAUGACCUAAAAGAUGGCAUCACUCAGCCAAAAGCAAUAAAAAAUAAUGUCGAGGUCAUAAUAUAUACAAUUUAA